AUGAACAAAGCAUCGUUCCAAAAAGGGAUUAGUUGGAAUGGUUGUAUUUUCACUGAAACUUUGGAGAUAUUCAUUGAUGAUGAUAGUUAUGUGUUAAAAUAUCAUGGAAAAAAUUUUAAAACUGUUGUUCGUGAUACUGAUGAAGGUUGUAAUAGAGCAAAAGAGGCAACCUUGAAGUGUGCAUUGUUCGAUGGAAAUAGUAACGGUGUCAAUAUGAAAGAAAAGACAUUGGAAUCACUUUACAAAUUGGAUAAUGUAGUUAAUGGAUGUGAUGAUAAAGAAAAUGAAACGAUUAUUAUGAAGCAUAUAAUAGGAGAAAAAUGUCCAACAAAAUUCGACUUUAUUCAAAUUGAAGUUAAUACAAAUAUGGAAGAUGGAAGAAUUUAG